GCGAUUCUUCUGCCUCAGCCUCCCGAGUAGCUGGGAUUACAGAUGCUGACUUCUUAGAAUGAGGCAGCUCCUGUAAAGGAAAAAAGUAUAUCUCAUAUCUAGAAAUUCAUCUUUGUUGAGGAUAUCCUUGAUGAGACAUUAUCAGAAUUGCAGGACAAACAGAUACUAAAAUUACUGGCCAUUUUCUGAAAGCUCUUGAACAUGACAAAGUUCCAGAACUAAUGUGGCAAGCAUAUGAUUGGCAUCAGGAAGAUAUUAAGAAAGAUGAACCUUUGAAGAUAGACUGUGAAAAUAAUGCAUUGGGAAAAAUAUUUUCUUGGAGUGCAAGCUUUGUUCCCUUCAGAGACAGAUCCCAUAAAUGUGACUCAAGAGGAGUAAGUUUGAAACAGAAUUUAUAUUCAAAUUUUCAGAGUAAAAGCCAUGCAAAAAUGAACUCUGAUGAAUUAGUCAUGGGAAAUCACUUUUCUGCACCAUACUUGAAACCUUCCACUCUCAAGGCAAGUACUGUGAGCAUAAUUUAUGUGUAAAGGUUUUGAGUGCAGUGACAAAUUUUACAAGACAUCACAGAAUUCACACAGAAAGGAAACCUUAUGAACGCAGUGAAUGUUCAAAAUCCUUUCGGUAUAAGUCAAAGCUUAUCAUAUACCAGAGAACUCAUACAGGAGAGAAGCCAUAUCGGUGCAGUGAAUGUCAGAGAGCUUUCAGUACAAAAUGUCAUCUAACUCUGCACCAGAGAACUCAUACAGGAGAGAAACCAUAUGGAUGUGCUGAGUGUCAGAAAGCCUUCAGAACAAAGUAUCAUCUCAUUCUACACCAGAGGAUUCAUAAAGGAGAAAAACCCUACGAAGGCAAAGAAUUUGGAAAGGCUUACAGGGAGAAGGCAACACUCAGAUUACAUUACAGAGUGCAUACAGGAGAGAAACAUUUCAAAUGUAGUGAUUAUGAAAAACGUUUUAUGCAGAAGUCAAACCCAAUUAUCCAUCAAAGAAUUCAUACAGGAGAUAAACCCUAUUGAUGUAGAGAAUGUGAAAAGGCCUUCUGUAGUAAAUCUCAGCUUGUUGUUCACCAGCGAAUUCAUGAAAGAAUUCACACAGGAGAAAAACCUUAUGAAUGCACUGAAUGUGGGAAAGCUUUUAUACACACAUCACAGCUUACUGUACAUCAGAGAAAUCAUACAGGAAGAAAACCUCAUGAAUCCAAGGAAUGAGGGAAAUCCUUUAAUAAAAAGUCACUUCAUAAUAUCGAGAAUUCAUACAGGAAAGAAACCUUAUGAAUGCAGUGAAUGUGGGAAAGCUUUUAUAGACAACUCACAGCUUACUGUUCAUCGAAGAAUGCAUAUAGGAGAAAAACCUUAUGAAUGCAGGGAAUGUAGGAAAGCCUUUAAUAAAAAGUCGUCCCUCAUAACACAUCAGAGAAUUCAUACAGGAGAGAAGCCUUAUGAAUGCAUUGAGUGUGGAAAAGCUUUUAUAGAUAAGUCACAUCUCAUUGUCCAUCAGAGGACUCAUGCAGGAAAGAAACCCUGUGAAUGCACUGAUUGUGGAAAAGCUUUUAUACAAAAAGCAAUGCUCAUUAUACAUCAGUGAACACAUACAGGAGAAAAGCCCUUUGUGUGUCUUGAAUGGCAAAAAGCGUUUAGCAGUAUGGCAAUGCUCUGUAGACAUCAGUUGAUUCAUACUGGAGAGAAACCCCAUAGAUGCAAUGAAUGUGGAAAAGCCUUCUGCCAAAAGAGCCAUCUUAUCCAUCAGUGAUGCCAUACUGGAGAAAAACCCUAUGGAUGCAUUCCAUGUGGUCAAAUCUUCAACCAAAAGUGACAGCUCAUCAGGCAUCAGAAAUGUUGUACAGGAGAAAAGCCAUAUCAAUGUAGUCAAUGUGGGAAAAGCUUUUUUGAGAAAUCAUACCUCAGUGUCCACCAGAGAUGUCAUGCAGGAGAGAAGCCUUAUCAGUGCAGUGAAUGUGGGAAAUCUUUUUCUGUCAAAUCUUUUCUCACUACCCAUCAGGAGAUUCAUACAGGAAACAAAUUUCACAAACACAGUAAGUGCUGGAAGGACUUCAGUGAGAUGUCAAAUAUCCCUGAAUAUAAGAUGAUUCAUAUGAGAGACAACCUAUGAGUUCAGAGAAAGUUGGCUAUUUUCUCAUUAAUUUUGGCCUUUGUAAGCAUCAGAAAAGUUAUUCAGGAGACAGAUUUUUUCAAUGCAUUGAACAAGGGAAUAUUAUCUCCCAACAAUGUAGCCUCAUAUUCGGUUAAAGGCAAUAUGAAUUAAUUGAAAGCUGGAAAUUUUGAGAAGAUAAAUUCUAUUGUAUGUCACACAGAAACAAAACUUUUUGAGUGCAGCAAAUAUUUUUGCAUAGGCCAUCAUAAAAUAGGGAAUUUUUACUGAGAAAAAAAAUCUCAUGAAUAUGUUGAAUCCUGGAUUGCUUUUCAAGCAAAUGAAUUUUUAUACCUGAGAAUACAGAUAACUGAAGACCUGUGGAUGAGAUGCCUCUGGCAUAAAGCCAAAACUCAUUGUGCAUCAGAGAAUAUUUAUUGAGGAGAUAUAGUGCAGUGAUAAGGGGAAAGGUUGUCUACAUAAGCAAUUUUAGAAUAAAAGUUCUCAUCCUGCCACAUUACCAUGCAUUCAUGGAAAACAUAACACCAAAUAGUUAUGAAGAGUAAAUAAUCUCAGUAUGACAAAUAUCACUUUCUUGCAUAUUUGAAUAUGUGGUAUAGUCAGAGCAGUAAGUUAAGAAUGGUCCCAUAUGGGCUGGGCGCAGUGGCUCAAGCCUGUAAUCCCAGCACUUUGGGAGGCCGAGACGGGCGGAUCACAAGGU